CUCAAACAUUUGGUCAUGCGCAAAAAUUUCAUACAUGUACAGGAAAUGUUUACAUCAUUAUCCAUUCUUGUAAAGAUUUUCAAUCAGAGCGGACGUAUUAUUUUUAAAGAGAAAGAGAUUAAAGAUGAUACAAAUUUUCAGACAAGGUAAUAAGAACUAUAUAAACAUGGACUCGAAAUGUCGGAAAAUGUACCAAAAGUCAAAGACAUACACAGAUGCAGUCAAUGUGUGGCACAAAAACCAAGACAGAAAAGCAGCCGAAGAGAAAGAAAAAGCCAACACUUCCUCUAGUAAUAACUUGAAACAACUGAGCGUUCAAGCUGAUAGAGAUAUGUUGGGACUUGAUAAACAAACCGGCGACUACGGUCAAAUUCCAAAAAGAAAUAAAAAUGCAGCAGCACCAACUACUUCAAGAAGAAAGAGGAAAGCAGACAAUAAUAUUACGGGUGAUGAUGUUAGGACAAACAAAGAACUUAGAGAUUUUUUUAAGAGAAGAGCCAUUUCUGUAGAGGAAGUAGAUUUGUUUACAGCUAGUUCUUCCAAUAUACCUUUGAAAUACAUUGGAUUAUCUCCUUACGUUUGGACUUGCUCUUAUUGGAAUCGCAGGUUCCAAAACAUUCAGGCUAGGAUAGUGCAAACUUUAGAUCCCGAGAAGCGUAAUAAAAACUUUUACAACGAAGAUUUCUCUUAUGAUGACGCAUGCAAAGAAAUACUGGGUACGCCUGAAACUUUUGACCACAUAAUCACAACAUGCAAAAAAUAUAUUUCUGACAUGCGUGCUUUAAGCGGUGAGUGUUGGGACAGUAAAUGCAAGACUAUGAUUCCGUACCUGAAGUACAUCAAAUACAUUGAACUUACGAAAAAAUCUGAAACCAACCCGUUGGGUUUGAUUGUCCAGUCCGUUGAACUCGCCAUAGUGGUAAGAAAUCACCGUCAUACGAUGUGCAAGGAUAAAACUUCAAAAAUUAACACUUUGUUUAGCAUUAAUCAAUUACGACAACGUCUUCUUGGUAACGCCACCUUUAUGGCACGCAGUUGGCUUUACAAUUAUAACGAAAUGGCCAGCCAAUGUGUAAAAGACAUAUACCGUGAUGUGGCAAAAAAGCACGGACUUAAACUUGACGGUAAUGUUACUAACACCAUGACUGUGGCUAAAAGUUUUCAACGCGGCACUUGCUCCUGUGAAUACUAUGGUGAAGACAGGAUUACCAGUGUUAAGGACAUAAAAAUUACAAACGAAUUUCAAGCAUGGUUGCUUGUAAUGUGCCAUAGUAAUCUUACAGGUAAGGACAGCAGCACUUGUAUCGACAUACCCGCUUACCUUAGAGAGAUUGCCACAGAUAAAGUACUCGAGACGUACACAUGGAACGGAAAAGAAUUAGUACUAAAAGUGAUUCAUGCACGCAAAAGAAAUGUUGAAUACAAAGAAAAUUGUGUGAACGAUGAUAAUGAUUCAGACUCAAUAGAAGCACCGAAAAAAAAGACACAAAAGAAAAGAAAGUCUGAAGACUCAGCAGGAACAUCAUCACAACCCGAAAAGAAGAAAAAAAGAAAGUCCGAUGAUCACCAUCAUCACUCCCACUCAGAAUCAUCUUCCUCUGAAAAGAAGAAAAGAAAGUCCGAUGAUCACUCUCAUUCAUCAGCAUCACAAUCCGAAAAGAAGAAAAGUAAGUCCGAUAAUCACCACCACUCAUCAGCAUCACAAUCCGAAAAGAAAAAAAGUAAGUCCGAUGAUCACUCUCAUUCAUCAGCAUCACAAUCCGAAAAGAAGAAAAGUAAGUCCGAUGAUCACUCUCAUAUAUCAGCAUCACAAUCCGAAAAGAAGAAAAGUAAGUCCGAUGAUCACUCUCAUUCAUCAGCAUCACAAUCCGAAAAGAAGAAAAGUAAGUGCGAUAAUCACCUCCACUCAUCAGCAUCACAAUCCGAAAAGAAGAAAAGUAAGUCCGAUAAUCACCACCACUCAUCAGCAUCACAAUCCGAAAAGAAGAAAAGUAAGUCCGAUGAUCACUCUCAUUCAUCAGCAUCACAAUCCGAAAAGAAGAAAAGUAAGUCCGAUGAUCACUCUCAUUCAUCAGCAUCACAAUCCGAAAAGAAGAAAAGUAAGUGCGAUAAUCACCUCCACUCAUCAGCAUCACAAUCCGAAAAGAAGAAAAGUAAGUCCGAUAAUCACUACCACUCAUCAGCAUCACAAUCCGAAAAGAAGAAAAGAAAGUCCGAUAAUCACUCCCACUCAUCAGCAUCACAAUCCGAAAAGAAGAAAAGUAAGUCCGAUGAUCACUCUCAUUCAUCAGCAUCACAAUCCGAAAAGAAGAAAAGUAAGUCCGAUAAUCACUCUCAUUCAUCAGCAUCACAAUCCGAAAAGAAGAAAAGUAAGUCCGACGAUCACCCUCAUUCAUCAGCAUCACAAUCCGAAAAGAAGAAAAGUAAGCCCGAUGAUCACCACCACUCAUCAGCAUCACCAUCCGAAAAGAAGAAAAGGAUUACUCAAAGUAAAGAAGAUCAACAUGAUGACAAUGAUGAAAGUGAAAAUGACACGGGCAAUAGACGCCUUACAAACCAUUCUGCAAGAAGAUUUAUGCCACAAGAACAUGAUGAUGCAGGAUUUGAGCAUAAUUCUAAUAAGCAGAUAUCUGGACACAAAAACAUCCAAAGUAUUUCCAGUUACUCAAAAUCAAAUUCCAAGAAGCAUCAUGAGAUCUCGGGGACGAUAUUGGACAAUAAUAGCGAAAGUAUGCCAUCAACACAAACCACAAGGACAGUAACGAUAAACAAUGACCAGGUUGGAAAGAAUGUAAAAAAAAAUGUCUCAACAGCUGUCUCUGAAACUCAAGUUUCUUUUGGAAAUUUGGCGGCUGCGCCAACUGGUCUAAGUUGCCUCUUUGGUGGACCAUCUGUGGAGGGACUUUUAAUAUAAAUAUUUCAAACUUACCGUCACCUCAACCAACAAAGCGUCGUCGCUACGUUAUAGAAAGUGACAGCUCUGAGGACGAAUGUGUUUGAGAAAUUGACAACUUGUUAAUAACUUGUCUACCGCUUAGGAUUUGAAAUGAGCAGACGCUCAUACUUUGGCUCUCAGAUAUGCAACCUUUAUAAAGACAACAAGUAGACUAGCCGCCACUUAUAUGAUAUUUAUUGUAUGUAAUCUUGUGUUCAACCAUACCGGUAUAUGUCUUUACUAAUUAACUACUCUGUAAUUGGACUUAAUAUGAUGAUAACUGCCUGUGCUAUAAAAAAAAGUGUCAACUCGGCCAAUAUUGAUUUUUUUUCGUAUUGGCCGAGUUCUGAUCCGGCCAAUACAGGAAUUUCGGAAAGUCUCGGAUUUUUAAAUCGAAAGUCAUGAUGAACACCAAAUUAAUGUAAACUGUCGUUUGGAAGACGCUGUUUUAUUUACGAUAAGCAGUUUUUAGUCCGUAUAAUUUGAGUUUUAUUAUUCAUAAAUGACAGUUGGAUUUUAUGUGUAAAUAGAAAAGUUUUACUUUGUAUAUUACCGUUGGACAUUAACUUUAAUAAUACAUAAUAUAUUCUACCGUGUAAAUAUAACCAUUUCUUGGAUUUUAUCCUUGGUGUUCCUUCCAAAGGAAGCUCAUACUGAGAGAAAUUUACACACCAUAAAUACCGAGUCAUUUAAAAAAGCCUUCUGUAAGCAGAUGAUUUAAUUAUUUCAGGUUUGGGCAACAAGUCUGUAGAUUAUCACAAAGCUAAUCUCUCGACAAUUUUGUUGACCUCAUAACUAAAAACAUUUAAUCAGUUUAAUGGGUACAAAUCGAUUUACAGUUUACUUUCGCUUCUCGUGUUUUUGUAAGUGUCAUUUAUUUUUCAACCCGAACCAGGCAUAUGAAUUGUUGAAGGUUGACCUGUAAUUGUUCAAGUCUUUGGUCAGUUGGUCUAAUAACUCUAUGGAUAGUUGUCUCAUUGUCAAUGAUAUUCAUCUCCUACUUUUAUUUGAAAAAAAAAUCCUUUUGUCUUGGCAUUACUCAUGCAAUGGCAGCACCUUUCCAAUUACUAUUUAUGUUUGCGUCUAAAUAUGAAUUGUAACACUUUAUAGUGACCGGAAAGGGUGAGAAAUCAUCAGAAAAUGUAGAAGACAUCUCAAAACAGCACCAGAUCAUUUGGCAUUGCAACUCGGGUUUGGAUAGUUCCAUUUUAAGGUAAAAAAUGUUAAUCUCUUGUGAAAUGAAAUGAAAAAAAAUGUAACACUGUAGUUAAUUAAUAAAGAUAUCAUUACGUGAGUA